ACAAGCGAGGACGCACCGUUUCGAUGCCGUCCCUCGACCUUUCUCCGCCUCCAUUUUCCUUCACUUGACUUGAUUGGAGCGCAGGAACGAAAACCAGAGGACGAGAUAAGAGGGAGAGAGCGCAACACGUUUAACUUAGCCAUGGACACCCGAAUCUCGGCCUUUCUAGGCCUCCCCUCCCAUUCCUCCAAUCCCCACCCACAAUCUCUCACAGAUUUCACUUCCCUCUUCACCCAUCUCACUACCACUCUCAUAUCUUCCCCAAACCCCAAUCCCAAAUCCAAUUCCCACCUCUCCUUCGCCUCCACUUCCUUAAAACCCCAAAAGGCGAAACCCCAAAAGGCCCUUCUCAAGAGCCUCUCGGACCUCGAGCGCGCACUCAUCGGCGCGGCCGGUGGCGGCAUUGCCGGCGCCUUCACCUACGUCUGUCUCCUCCCGCUCGACACCAUCAAAACCAAGCUCCAGACCAAGGGUGCGUCCCAAAUCUAUGCCAACACCUUCGACGCCAUCGCCAAGACCUUCCAGGAGAAAGGGAUACUCGGGUUCUACAGCGGCGUGUCCGCAGUGAUCGUUGGCUCUACCGCCUCCUCCGCCGUGUACUUCGGCACCUGCGAGCUGGGGAAGUCGGUAUUGUCCAAGCUCGACCAGUACCCUUCCGUGCUUGUUCCCCCGACCGCCGGGGCGAUGGGGAACAUCGUGUCGUCGGCGAUAAUGGUGCCCAAGGAGUUGAUAACGCAGCGAAUGCAGGCCGGGGCCAAGGGGCGUUCUUGGGAGGUCUUGUUGAGGAUUUUGGAGAAAGACGGUGUACUGGGCUUGUACGCAGGUUACUCUGCCACAUUGCUAAGGAAUUUGCCGGCUGGGGUGUUGAGCUACUCGUCGUUUGAGUACUUGAAAGCCGCGGUGCUGAGAAGGACGGGGAAGGCCCACCUGGAGCCGGUUCAGAGCGUUUGUUGUGGGGCGCUGGCCGGGGCUAUAUCGGCGUCCAUUACGACGCCGCUUGACGUGGUGAAGACGAGGUUGAUGACUCAGCUUCAUGGGGGUGAGGCUGUGAAUAAGGUUGCGGCGGCGAUGUAUAGUGGGGUUGCGGCUACGGUGAAGCAGAUACUGAAGGAGGAGGGGUGGGUUGGGCUGUCGAGAGGAAUGGGGCCUAGAGUUGUUCACAGUGCGUGUUUCUCGGCGUUGGGGUACUUCGCGUUCGAGACGGCUAGGCUUGCCGUGCUGCAGCAAUAUCUCAAAAGGAAGGAGCUUCCUGAGGUGUCUGUUGCUCCUACUUGAUUUGGUGAAUUUGAUUAGGACUACAAGGCCAUUCGGAUGGUGGGAAGGUGAUGAAAUUUUGGGUGGCAGGUGGGACAUGGUUGGUUUGUAGCAAGGGGUGUUUCGGUGAGAAGAAAAUUCAGGGGAGGAGCGGGUAUGCGUGAUUAGAGAGAGAGAAGUGGAAUAAUAAUAAUAAUAAAAAAAUAUUAGAAAAUAAUAUUUAAAAAAAGUAUAGAGUUAUAAUAGAUAAUCUGUUGGAAUUUGCAUUAAAAAACUAGUCGCUAAAAUGUAAAAGGAGUAUUCUGAGCAGCAAAAAUAGCCUGGAGAUGCUCUUAGGAGUGAGAUAUAUAUGGAACUAGAGAUGCUUUUUUAUCCUCUAUUUGUUGAUGGGAAAUAUGUGAUGAUUGAAAGUGAGAAGUGGUACUCACUAAAUGCUCUAGUUUGCACCCUAGGAGAUUUACCAGGAAAGCUUGAAUAGUGUGAAUCUACAUGUAAAGAGUACAAUAGUCAUUGAUUUGUUUCUAGCCCUUGAAAAUAUGGAGGUUUUACGAGUUCCCUGGUUCGUAUGGAAUAAAGAUGUACGGUUUACAUGUACGCAACACAUGGUCUUCUCAGAGAUUCUAAUUCUAUUGUUGUUGCGACAUAAAAUAUGAUGUUUAUUUCUGA